UCUCCAUCUCCACACACACACCCUCAUCGGGGAAAUCAUGGUCUCCAUGGCGGCGGCGGCCAAGAUCGCCGUCCUCCUGGCCGUGGCGGCGCUCUUCGCCACAGCGGGGGCGGACGACCCGCAAGCCAAAAAAGAAGCAGGGUGCUGGCAGUGCUACUCAACAUGCAUGGACAAGUGCGACAGCUACCCCAACGCCCCUCUCCGCUCGGCCAACCGUACCGAACCUGCCGCCCACAUAGCCGUCGACGACGGUGCAGCGGCCGCCACAGGCACCGCCCACUCUACCGAUGGUGCUGUCGCCAAUGUCUCCGACAGCUACGACGACAAGGGUGAUGAUGAGGACGAGGAUGAGGAUGACGAUGACAAGGACAAGGACAAGGAUAAAGACAAGGACAAGGACGACGACAAGGACGACGACAAGGAUGAUAAGAAGGAUGACGACGAUGAGGAUGAAGAUGAAGACGAUGACGACGACGACAAUAGCCACAGCAGCAACGGCGGCAAGGACUACUUCACGUGCAAGAAGAAGUGCAUCGUGGACUGCUACAAAGACCUGCCGCCGGUGUGCUACAAGAUGUGCAUCGCAGAGACCUGCCUCAAGCUGCCGCCAUAUAAACAGGGGGAUUGCUUCAAAGCAUGCGGGCACAAAUGCUUCCACAACCACCCCGGGCCCAAACCGGGUCCACCUAAACCGAAGCCGAAGCCGAAGCCCACGCCGCCAAAGCCGAAGCCACCGACGCCGCCAAAGCCCACGCCGACCCCUACGCCGCCAAAGCCAACGCCAACGCCAACGCCCACUCCGCCGAAGCCAACCCCUCCGCAGAACCCGCCGUGCCCGAAGCGGUGCCCCCCGAGCCCGAAGCCGAAGCCCCCACCGAAGUAUAGGCCGCCGUGCCCGCCAGCGGCCAAAAAAGCGCCGGAAGCUAAAGAAGGUUCCCACGUAAGUCUUCCGUGUGCCCGUCCCGGGGGGUGCCGGCCAGAGCAGGCAACCAACGACACCAGGAACGGCAACACCAACAACUGAUCGAUGGGUAUACGCGGCCACGAUCAUGCGCACAUACCAUUUAAGUAGAUGUCGCGAGGUAUAUAGCUCAAAGUAUACGUAGAGCGAGUAUGCAUGGUUUGCCACACAAGGAUAUAGAUUAUUCUAUAAGAGUACUUUAUAUAUAGAUGAACAAGAAGUAAUCCAGCAGCUGUAAGCUGGGUAUAUAGAUCAUAUAUACAGGUAUAUAUGUUACCAAAUCCGAUAUGUCUAUAUAUGUGUAUGCACUAUGCAAUGAGAGAUACUAUGGGAAUAUACUGAUCUCCUAUUAUACUA